AAUCGCUACCUCUUUCACUGGCACCAAGUGCAUACAGUUUGAACGUGGAAAGUUCCAUUAGUCACUUCUGUUAUCUAAUCAGAUCGCGGGAGGCUCUCAUCCAUUGCGAGAUAAGGGGCGUAUGAACUGGAUAAAUGCGCGUUGGAAACGUUAAUUCUGCGCAUUGAAGAUGUUUCUGCUGCAGAGUCUCGUGGUACUCCUCGCCUUGGGCACCGUCGCGCCCGCCGAGUUAGACUGGUGGCAGAAUGCGGUGUUCUACCAGAUCUACCCGAGGUCCUUUAAGGAUAGCGACAACGACGGUACCGGUGACCUUCGGGGUGUAAUACAGAAGCUGGACCAUCUCGUCGAGACCGGCGUCACCGCGCUGUGGUUGUCGCCAAUCUACCCCUCGCCUCAGGUCGACUUCGGGUACGACAUCAGCGACUUUACGGGGGUGGAUCCGCUGUUCGGCGACAUGGGCGACUUCAUGGAGCUGACCCGCAAGGCGAAAGCGAAGGGCCUGCGAAUAAUACUCGACUUUGUACCGAAUCACUCCAGCGACCAGCACGAGUGGUUCAAAAAGUCGGAGAACUCCGAGCCGGGCUUUGAGGACUUCUACGUGUGGAAAGACGGAGAGCCCGGCACUCCCCCGAACUCUUGGACCAGCUACUUCCACGGGCCCGCCUGGACUUGGAGCACGAAGAGGAACCAGUGGUACUUUCACCAGUUCGCGUCGGCGCAGCCCGAUCUCAACUACCGAAACCCUAAGGUGGUGCAGGAGAUGAAGAAGGUGCUCACCUACUGGCUCGACCUAGGCGUUGACGGCUUUAGGGUGGACAUCAUUACCGCACUCUUCGAAGAUGUGAACUACCCCAACGGUCCUCUGGAUCAGUACGCGUACACGAGCGAUCAGCCGGAGACCUACGACAUGGUUUACCAGUGGAGGAUCUUGCUGGACGAGUACCAGAAACGUAACGGGGGCGACACCCGGGUCAUGAUGACCGAAUCGUACGCCGACGCGGACAAGCUCUUCGGUUACUAUGGUAACUCUACUCAUAAUGGCGCGCAUUUCUCGUUCAACUUCUGGUUCAUAACUCAGCUCAAUAGAGACUCAACCGCCAAGGAUAUCAAGGGGGUGAUCGAUAAGUGGUUCCGCAACAUGCCCGAACACUACACAGCCAACUGGGUGUUAGGAAACCACGACCAGCACAGGGUUGCAACGCGUUACGGUCCGGGGCGCGUCGACGGGCUAAAUAUGAUCGCGAUGCUUUUGCCAGGGGUGGUCGUCACCUACAACGGGGAGGAGAUCGGAAUGGAAAACGGAGAGGUAUCAUGGGAGGAGGGGUGGGACCCGCAGGGAUGUAACGGCAACAAAGAGGACUGGUACAAGAACAGCAGAGAUUUCGAACGCACCCCUUACCAGUGGGACGGAAGCGCCAACGCCGGCUUUAACGAGGGGCACAAGACAUGGUUGCCGGUCAGCGAGCAAUACAAAACACUUAACCUCGCCCUUCAGCGCACCAGCACUCUCAAGAGCCACUACCGGGUGUACCAGGAGUUGGUGAAGUUGAGACAGACCGAGACGCUGAAGCUUGGCAAAUUGCGAACAAUCGUCUUGCAGAACAACGUCUUGGUUAUCAUCAGAGAGCUAGAAAAUGAACCAGCGUACGUGGCAGUUGUAAACGUCGGGGGCAGCUUUGCAAGUGUCGAUUUGAGCCACAUCGCUUCAAAGUUCGUGGUCCAAGUUCCAAGUGUGCAAUCAGAAAAGAUACCAAAGAGCACCAUUGACGGUAGCGCCAUCUACCUAGUCGGGUUUGAGUCCGUAGUGUUAGCCACCGUCAAGGAAUGAAGCAAGGGAUAGGCAUUUUAAUGUAACUUAAUGCAGAAAUAAAGAUUCCUCCUCAUUUUGUGUUUUC